ACUCCUAGACUUGGCAUCAAAGCAUGCUUAGUGAUAAUUCCCCUACUGGGUGUCACGUGGCUAUUUGGUCUCCUUUUGCCUGUGCAUAAAGCUUUCGCCUACAUCUUCACCAUACUCAACUCUACUCAGGGUUUCCUGAUUUUCGCUCUACACUCCAUGCGAAACACUCAGAUCAAAGAACGAUUCAAAAGAAAGAUGAACAUCGUUUUUCUAUCUUCGAUAAAGGACACCUCCAUAAGGAAGAGCUCACAGGUCAAAUCAAGUGAGAUAGACAUUGUAUGGACAGUUGAAUUGCCGUCUUGUGCUGAAUUUGAAUCGAAAUAUCGCACAACUUAGGUAACUGGAUCCAGCAAACUGGAAAUAAUAGUCAAUUACUUAGUACAAUCACUUAGUUAACAGCUAUUAGUCGGUUGUGAUAGGUCUGAGUUACGAUCUGCAGGUAAAGGUCAUUCUGUUUAUUAUUGUUUAAGCACUCAUGCAGUUGUAAAUGUCACCAGUCUUCUUCGUGAUUGUAAGUUAUAAGUUUAUUUUCUGGACGAUCGUAUAUUUGCAGGCAAAACUCAUCGAAAUAAACCAAUCUAAAAAUUAAAAUUUUUUAUGGCUCAGUCAGUUGAUGGCUGCCCUUCAAGUAAGACUACAGGGAGAACUACUGUGAAGAUUGUUGAUAUAAUUUCGAGGAACUUUGGAGACAACUGUGAGAUUUUGUCAGUGGUUGAGCUAAGAGAUGGUUUUUAAUGGGCUUAAAUAAGUUUAUUUAGGAUAAAUACUGUACUUCCUUUAAGAGUCGCUACUCGAUAAGAAUAUUACAAGUUGUUUAAUAAAAUAAUUGUUCUUUCUGUCGGUUAAAUUGUACCGUAACAAAUGAUACUAAUAGUAGUAGCAGCUAAAGCGGACAUUCAAAGUUGUUGCUUAAUGAAUAAAUAGAUGAAUACGUAAAUGUUUGAAUAAAUAAACAACUAAUUAAAAAAAAAAC